AUGAAAAAAUUCCAUCCACCAUCAACAACAAUUCAAUCCACUUACAUUGUUCCACCACCAGGAAUGAACACACCACACUCCAGUAGUAGUAAUAGUGGUGGUGGUGCUAAUAGAAGUGGUUCAUCCCAUUUGAAUAAUAAUAAUACUCCUCCUCAUUCUUCUCCUAUUACUGCUGCUAAUACUACAACAAGUUUUAAACGAUCAUCGAGUUCUGAAGCACAGACACCUCAAGAUCACUUUUCAGAUGUACACGUUCUCGAUGAAGAUGAAGUAGAAUUGAGAAGUGUGGAUGGUAGUAGUAGUUCUCAUUUACAACAGCAUCAGUCUCGUAGUCGUCAUCAUCAUCAUUAUAGUAGUCAUGAAGAUGAUUAUACUCCCACGACUCCUGCCAUUCUUGAAGAUUUUCAAAAUGAUGAUUUCAUUCCGAGUAGUCAUCAUCAUCCUAUUCAUACAAUGACUAGUACUACUACUUCUGAUACUUUUGCAACCACCAACCACCAUCCAAAUUCUUCUUCUUCAUUUCAUACAAAAAGGAGAAAUAACAACAACAAUUCUUUCAACAUUUCUUCCUCCACCUCGUUUGAACAAAUUAAUACCUUAAACAUGUUAAAAAUUAUUGAAAGUGCUCAUAAUUUUGAAAACAAGUUGAAUGAAUUGAAACAACAACAAUUAGAUAAGCAACAUCAACAACAUUUCAUAAGAUCCAAAUUAUUGACACUUCAUGGAUUUAAAACAGCAUUUAAAAAAUACACCAAUUUUAAUGUUCAGAAAUAUGUAUGGACAUACUUGUUUGUAUUGGGAGUGGUUGGUGGACUGGUCGUGUUCUUACAAGAUUUACUCAUUUCAUAUAUAUUUUUAGGAAGAGAGGAAUUAAUUAAUCAUUUUAGUGGAAUGGAGAAUGAAUCUGCUAAAUUCACAGUUCAAUUACUCAUGUGGGUUCUCUACACUUUACUCUUUGUUGUUUGUGCCUUGUUCAUCACUGCAUGGGUAGCACCUACUGCUGAAGGAUCUGGUAUUCCACCUGUGAAGGCUAUAUUGACUGGUGUGGAUUCCUUAAAAGAUCCAAUUUCUUUCAAAACACUCAUUGUCAAGGUAUUGUGUCUUCCAAUGGUUCUUGGAGUUGGAAUGAUGGUUGGAAAAGUUGGACCAACCAUUCAUAUUGGUGCUGCACUUGCUGAAAAUUUAUUACAACUUGGAAUAUUUUCAGGAAUUCGAAAUAGUAAGACAUUGAGAGCUCAAAUGUUAGCAUGUGGAUGUGCUCUUGGUAUUGGUGCUAAUUUUGGUGCUCCUGGAGGUGGUGUUUUAUUUGCUUUGGAAGCCAUUGGAACUUAUUAUUCAGUGAGAACAUAUAUCAAAUCCUUCUUUGUUGCAGUAUUGGCUGCUCUCACAGCUCGUCUCUUACAUUCAGCAGUUUCUAAUCAAUUCACAUUUCUACCAAGUGCAUGGAAUAUUAAUUUCACUCUACCAGCAUAUACCAUUCCAGAUUUAUUUUCAUUUAUAUUUUUAGGAGUUUAUUGGGAUUGA